ACAGCCUGCAUUGGUAUUACAAACUGCUACACUGUUGAAGCAAAUGCACUUCUUUUGAUGCUGCAAUUCUAAAUUAUAAAAAUAAACAUAAACCCGUAAAACAAAGGAGUGUUAACUUUUUUCAAUUGGAUUUCGUAAUAUUUUGUGUGCAACCGAGUCCAUUAAUAAACAACUAUGUCAGAUUUAGAAGUUUUUAAGACACCAGCCCCCAAAACCAAUGAAAAGCCGUCCUUCGCCGACAGCCCCUUGCCAUUAAGAACACCAAAUUGCGGCCGCUGCAGAAACCAUGGACUAGAAGUGGUUUUGAAAGGCCAUAAACGAUAUUGUGAGUAUAAGAACUGCAAAUGUGAGAAAUGUGGACUAAAUGCUGAGCGCCAAAGGUUAAUGAGUAUGCAAACUGCUUUACGUCGCGCCGAGUUUCAGGAUGAAGCAAGAUCCAGUUCGUUACCAGAACCAAUACCAAUCGUACCAACGAUGCCCAUACCAAAACCUGUUGCUAAUCAACCUUCUGUACCAUCUCCUUAUGAGCAUUUAAUGCAAUCGGCAAGUCCAUCUGAUAAUAUUUUUAAGCGUCCGUCUGUUCUUCCACCGGAUCCAAGAUUAGCUGAAUAUCUUGCAAACUCAUAUUACUUUCCACUAGGUCGUCCAAUGGCAGCACCCGAUGUGGUUCCACCCGGUAUGUUCCCACCACCUCUUCAUUCGUUUGAACCAAAUACACCCUUUGCUCCACAUCGUCAUCCCGAGAUAAUGUUAGACUCUUGCCGGCAAUUGCUGGAUAAAUUCCAAUAUCCCUGGGAAAUGAUGCCGUUGAUUUAUGUUAUAUUAGAGGAUGCCAACGUUAACAUUGAGGAAGCAUCGCGACGAAUUGAAGAGGGACAGGUUGUUGUGAGCAAUUUCUGCCGCAAAAAUAAUUUAAGCUAUUAUGAUGCUGGAGUAUUACGAGGCUAAUUACUUAAAAACAAAAAAAUACAAUUUAAAUAAAUCAAAUAAAAUAACUUUGUCAAACAACUUUGUGGUGAAAUGCUUUGAGUACAUUUAUUAGCUAAAAUAAAUAUUUCUUAUUCAUCAUAUAAA